AUGCUCGCAUUCUUAUUUGCUAGCGCUGUUUCCUUCAAGGGCGAGUGCCAAGUUUGCAAAUUCGCUGCUGAAAUCGCAAAGGAUCUCCUCUUAAAGGAGUACGAAAAGGCUGAAAUCCCACAGCUUAUCGAGAAGGAAUGCAAGAAGCUCCCAGCUGCUUUCCAGUCCAUCUGCACACAAUUAGCUAUGAUCCCAAUCGAAGAAAUCGUCAAACUUGCCGAGAAAACAACACCAACCGAGAUUUGCGAGAAGGUCAAACUUUGCCGCAAGGUUCGUGUUAACGCCCGCAACUCAUUACCACGUGCUGUCUACAGCGCUCCAGUCGCCAACGGAAGACCAGCUUUCUCAACAGAGACAAACCCACAAUGGCAAGUUUCCUGGGAAGAAGCUAUCUAA